AUGGCACCUUUCGGAAAGCUGUACACCUACCCGGGUAACCCCCGCUCCACUGCCAUCCUCGCUGUUGCGAAGGCAAACAAUGUCGAGCUUGAGGUUGUCGAGACUGAGCCCGCCAAGGGCCUCUCUCCCGAGUACCUCAAGAUCAACAGCCUUGCAAAGGUCCCUACCUUCGUCGGUGCUGAUGGCUACACUCUCUCCGAGUCGAUUGCCAUCGCCAUCUACAUCACUUCCCAGAAUGAGAAGACCACCCUCUUAGGCAAGACCAAGCAAGACUAUGCCACCAUCCUUAAGUGGAUGUCAUUCUUCAACUCUGAAGUCCUCCCACCUCUCGGUGGCUGGUUCCGUCCUCUCAUCGGCCGUAGCCCAUACAACAGGAAGGCUGUCGAAGACUCCGCCGCCGCUACCCAGAAGGCUAUCGAUGUUCUUGAGGCGCACUUGCUUCACAACACCUACCUGGCUGGCGAGCGGGUCACUCUUGCUGACCUCUUCGCUGCUGGCAUCAUCUCCCGUGGCUUCCAGUUCUUCUUCGACAAGGAAUGGCGCGCUAAGAACCCCAACGUCACUCGUUGGUAUGAGACUGUCUACAACCAGCCCAUCUACUCUAACGUUGCCGGUGAGCUUUCUCUCAUCGAGACUGCUAUCAAGAACGUUGCCCCCAAGAAGCCAGAGCAGGCAAAGAAGGAGGCUGCACCAAAGGCUGCCCCCAAGCCAAAGCCCGCCGAGGAGGAGGAAGAGGAUGCCCCAGCUGCCCCAAAAGCUAAGCACCCUCUCGAGGCACUGCCAAAGCCAACUUUGGUUCUCGAUGAGUGGAAGCGCCAAUACUCCAACCACGAGGCCCCAGAGGCCCUUGCAUGGUUCUGGGAGAACUACAAGGCUGACGAGUAUUCCCUGUGGAAGAUCGACUAUAAGUAUAACGAUGAGCUUACCAUGGUCUUCAUGAGCGCUAACCUCGUUGGUGGGUUCUUCGCUCGUCUUGAAGGCUCCCGCAAGUACAUCUUCGGCGCUGCUUCAGUCUACGGUAAGCUCAAUGACUCUGUCAUCCAAGGUUGCUUCGUCAUCCGCGGCCAGGAUGCGGCUGCAGCUUUCGACGUCGCCCCUGACUUUGAGAGCUACGAGUUCACCAAGCUCGACGCUGCUAAGCCAGAGGACCGUGAGUUCGUUGAGGCCCAGUGGACUUGCGAGAAGCCAAUCACUGUCAAUGGCAAGGAGUACGAGUGCGCUGAUAGCCAAGUCUUCAAGUGA